AAGAGCGUAAAGUAAUCGUUGCUGGAAGUAAACAGCUAUGUGAUACAAAUAUUCGUUGGAUUACAGACAAACUAUCAACAAUAUUAAUAACUUAGUACCAAAUUGGAUUAAUCUGUUGUUUAAAGUUUGGAUUAAUAUAGAUUCCAGUCGAAAUGGAUGAUUAAAUGAUGGGUAAAAACGCGAGUAAACACGUUCACCGACCAUGUGAUACAUCAAACCGUGAAGAGUGUUUCCUUGUGAAUGCCCAUCUAAACAAGGCUUGGGAAGAGCAAAUUUGGAAGAAGACAACCAAGACUGGUUACAACCUUGCGAACUACAACAUGAACCAGUCUAUGUCUGAGUUGUCAAUCUGUCUGGAAGAUAAACAAGAUAAUACAGUAUCAAAAAAAACCAAAAAGGGCCCAAUAAUCUGGCUCCCCCAAAGGUUCUACAUUUCAGUGGAGUUACCGCCUGUGAAAAGAGAAAAUGGCAGCAGUAAAGUGUUCACGUUUGACCAAGGUGAUGAAAAAGAGAAAGGGGAGAAAGAACAAGAGACCAGACUCAACAUUGAGGAGUUUGAAUGUGGUGUGCACUUUGGAGGUGGAGAGAAUUCCAAACAAGAGUGGUCGUUUACGCUAUAUGACUUUGAUGGUCAUGGUAAAAUAACCAAGGAGGACUUGGUUGGAUUGCUUAAGGCAUUGUAUGAUGCCAUAGGAUCUUCCAUUAAGAUUCCAAAUAAUGGCACAAAGACACUAAAACUCCGACUAAGUGUUGGUCAAGAGAGUAUGACUGAUGUUGACGUCAGCCAGGUUGCUUGUAAUGCAGUGCCAAAAACUGAAAAAGACACUGACGAGAAAGAACCCAAAAAUACUCCAAAGAAGAAAGACAAUUCUAAACAUAAAGAAAAUUUAAAACAAAAAGACUCGCCCAAGUCAAAGGUGAAGGACAUCUCGCGAUUGAAUAAUCUUGUAGGCGUAGGGAGUCAGAGUAUGCCAGCAAAGUGUAAUAAUAAUGAGGUACAAGCACAGUCACAGAGUGCUGCAAAGUCAAGACUGACAUCGCAACGACAUAAAGAAUUGGCAAGUCUUGUAAAGGAGAAUAUGGAACGCAAUCAUAUAAAGCCAGUCAGACGGCACCACAGUGAUUGUCGAGACUGUCUGCAGGAACAGAAGCCCCAAAAGCGGCGCCAGAAGCCGUCAAGAACAACAAACUCGGCCAAAGACAAUAACAUGAAACAAACACUGACAAAAUCUUCCUCUGCUGAAGCUGCUACUCAAAAUAAUGCGGAAGCAGACGACACACCAAAGGAAAGUCAGGAUCGCAGAAACUAUUAUCUUGACCUAGCAGGUGUUGAAAAUAACACCUCAAAAUUUCAGGAUACGCCAACUACAGCAUUAGCUUCAGGAAACAGUUUAGAGUUAAACAAUUCACGUUUGAAUACCUCAAAAUUUCACCCAGUUAAAUCCAAUUCAGCAUUAACUGCAGGACGUUUUUGUGCUCCCAGACAUUUUAGGUCAAGGUCACAUGAAAUGGCAGAGAAACAGUGUGAUAAUGUGAAACAUCAGUCAGAACAAUGUCAGGCAGGCACUGAACAAUCAGCUUCUACCAAACCUGACCAUUUAAGGUCAAGGUCAUUUGACCCUCAAGACUCAAAUGUAAGUAACAUCAGAGCAAUGAAAGGAAAUCCUCAUGUGUUAUUGUCAAGUCAGAAGCAAUCGAGAUUUAGGCCAGUUAGUUUACCACCACACAUACCGGAAACAGUAUCACCGCAUUAUCAUAGGAGGCAUCGGCAUCGUGAGAAGGACCAUGACAUGGCUAUGCAGCAAGUUGCAGAAUGGAUCGAAAGAGAACAUACGGUAGAUUUUGAGGGUGAAAAAGUCGUGAUUCAGCGGCAUGAGCAUCAUCAUGUACAUGAACACCAUCAUCAUCAUCAUUAUCAUCACUAUUAUGAAGCAUGACUAAAUUGGUGCUAAAUUGUUUGCCCAAGAAUUUGAAACUUAUUUUCUUGACAAAAGAUAUUUAAGUUGAUAGGAUUUGAUAAGGGACUUGGAAUAUGAUCAGUGGUUGAGCUUUUUCUACGUUCUGCUUUAGGUUAUCCCUUUGUAGUGGUAUAAUACAUUUAAUGAGGGCAUUUUAGCGAGUUUACAUUUUCCAUUGUAGAGCAGCUCAUAGUUUGAGACAUCUUGUUGAAAUAGAAAUAUGACAUGUCCUAUGUAGGGUAGAAAGAAUUUUAAAAAGAAAUGUUUUAUUGUAUGAAAUCAUGGUAAGAAAUCAUUCAAAAAUAUUGAAGCUGAUUUUAUAAAUAUACAUCUGUUUGUGUGUGUUCAGUAUAUCAGUUUAAAACUUAAUGUAAGGGUACUGAUAUUGUAGAACCAUCUUAGAACUCCUCUAUGUGUUUGGGUAGGCACAGUCUUAAAAUUGGUCAGUAGCAUGUUUGCAUUCUGGGAUGGUUCUCUAACUUAUUAUGUCAUACAAUCCUGGCUCCUAGACUGUGUUCCUCAAAUGUUUAUCCUUUCGUUAACUUAUACCAUGGUUAACUUAGCAGUCUAUGCCACUUUCAAGUUGAUGAAAGUGCUCAGAACAGUGAAUUAAAACAGCAGAAAAAUAAACAUUUUUAGAACUAUUUGUAUCAGAUAGACUCUUUGUCCAAGGUUAUAAAGGGGAGUUUUGUCACCAGUCUUCAUCUCCAGCCUCUGAUUGGUUGAUUCUGAGCUCACUCCUGAUGUUGACCAAUGAAAAUAUUGCAUUCUCAGGCUAAGUGUUCAAACUCAAGUUUUAAAAUUUUGGCCAAUUACAAUUCUUUCAUGUGAGGAGACAGCCAGCUGUGUUAUAAGGUCAGUGUUUCUACCAAGGUGCCAGCUAGUGCCAGAUGUCAGGAGGGACACCUUGGGCCUUUUGCCUUCAUCAGAAGCUGGAAACAAAUCUGUUGAUACUGACAUUGUAAUCUCUGGACAAUCUUGAUAAUAGUGGAAUGUGAAGUACAUCUGGAGGCUUGGCCCUUGAAGCUGUAAAUCUAGAGGCAUGCCCCUUUAAAGCUGUAAAUUUGAAGAUAUGCCCCUUUAAAGCUGUUACUCUUGAGACAUGCCCCUUUAAAUCUUGAGGUAUGUCCUUCAAAGCUUUACUUCUUAAGACAUGCCCCUUUAAAGCUUUAAAUCUUAAGACAUGCCCUUUAAAGCUAUAAAUUUUGGUGGCAUGCCCCUUUAAAGCUGGAGGCAUGCCCUUUAAAGCUUUACUUCUUAAGGCAUGACCCUUUAAAGCUGUAAAUCUUGAAGCAUGCCCCUUUAAAGCUUUAAAUCCGAAGGCCUGCCCGUUUAAAUCAUUUGGUGACAAAUAAGACAAGAAUCCUUGUGGACAAUAUGUCAAUGGAAUUGAAAUCUUCAUAUAUAUUUUUUUCACUUGCAUAUCCAUUUUUAAGUAAUAGGCAGAAGUAACUCCCCCCCCCCCCCC